GCCUUAACUGGAUAGUCUGAAGUUUUCAAAACUCUUAUCCACAAAGUUGUCAGAACCUUGAUUGGGAAGUCCUGUGCAUCUGUGCUAACCUACAGGGCCUCCUUAUCCAGAGCACUCUGCAUUUCAGAGGGUUGCUGUCGAACUACGGUUUUGGCGAAGACAUUCCUGAAGAAUUGUCUGAGGUUUCCUCUGCAAAAAUGGCCAAGCUGACAGCUGUUCCUCUCAGUGCACUUGUUGAUGAGCCUGUGCAUAUCCGGGUCACAGGCCUGACCCCCUUCCAGGUGGUGUGCCUUCAGGCAUCACUGAAAGAUGAUAAGGGAAACCUGUUUAAUUCUCAGGCCUUCUACAGGGCCAGUGAAGUGGGUGAGGUAGAUCUGGAACGUGAUUCCUCUCUUGGAGGAGACUACAUGGGGGUCCACCCCAUGGGUCUUUUCUGGUCCAUGAAACCUGAAAAGCUAUUGACUAGAUUGGUAAAAAGAGAUGUGAUGAAUAGGCCCCACAAAGUCCACAUAAAACUUUGCCAUCCAUACUUUCCAGUAGAAGGCAAAGUUAUCAGUUCCUCCUUGGAUAGUCUGAUUCUGGAAAGGUGGUAUGUGGCACCUGGUGUCACUAGGAUCCAUGUAAAGGAAGGCCGAAUCCGGGGAGCCCUGUUUCUGCCUCCAGGAGAAGGUCCUUUCCCAGGGGUCAUUGACUUGUUUGGAGGAGCUGGUGGACUGUUUGAGUUCCGGGCCAGCCUCCUGGCCAGUCAUGGCUUUGCCACUUUAGCUCUGGCUUACUGGGGCUAUGAUGACCUGCCCUCUCGACUGGAGAAGGUAGAUCUAGAGUAUUUUGAAGAAGGUGUAGAGUUUCUCCUGAGACAUCCUAAGGUCCUGGGCCCAGGGGUUGGCAUCCUUUCUGUGUGCAUUGGAGCAGAGAUUGGACUUUCUAUGGCUAUUAACCUAAAACAGAUAACAGCCACUGUACUUAUAAAUGGGCCUAAUUUUGUUUCUAGCAAUCCACAUGUAUAUCGUGGUAAGGUCUUCCAGCCUACACCCUGCAGUGAAGAAUUUGUAACCACCAAUGCUUUGGGACUUGUAGAGUUCUAUCGAACCUUUGAGGAAACUGCAGAUAAGGAUAGCAAAUACUGUUUUCCCAUUGAAAAAGCUCACGGACAUUUUCUUUUCGUGGUGGGAGAAGAUGAUAAGAAUCUCAACAGCAAAGUGCAUGCUAAGCAAGCCAUAGCCCAGCUGAUGAAAAGUGGAAAGAAGAACUGGACUCUGCUGUCUUACCCUGGGGCAGGUCACCUGAUUGAGCCUCCCUACUCCCCACUGUGCUCAGCCUCAAGGAUGCCCUUUGUAAUCCCAAGCAUCAACUGGGGAGGAGAGGUUAUCCCACACGCAGCUGCGCAGGAACAUUCUUGGAAGGAGAUACAGAAAUUUCUCAAGCAGCAUCUUAAUCCAGGUUUCAACAGUCAGCUGUGAGUGGACUUGAUUAUAUUACUGGAAAGAGGAGCUGGGCAUCUCCUGGCCAGCUCCACUCCUCACUUCCAUAGAGGAAUGUCUUUAAUCUCUUAUCACGUGAGGAAGAAGAGUACCACCAGAAAAUGCCGAAGGACAGAGAGUGAUAACCUCAUGACUUUGGAAGGGGAGACAUGUUUUCCAUGGAAUAAAAUGUCCCUCAGUGAGAGUCCUAUAUCUGUAUAAAUAAAAUCUUAGGGUUUUCCUAAAA